UGCGCAUCCGCGAAUACACGCCAGGUCUACGCCAUCAAUACACCAGGCAUGGCUGAUGAAAGAAGCUACGAAUACACGCCUCCUGAGUUUAGUACGACAGACGAGGCAACUGCAAGUACCACAUGGGACGGUACCCCGGGUGCUUCAUCUACUCUGGACGCCUACAAUACCAUUCCUGAUGACGCCUGGAAGUACCAGUGGAUCACACAGCCCACGCCGAUACCCGACGGGGCUUUCAACGUCGACGGCGUCACUGACACUAGCAUCACAAGUUACCAGCAACUGGGGUGCGUAAGCAGCAUCGAUAAUGCUAGGCCCAACACAAGCCUCGCUGGCAUGGAGGAAGCAUCAGCCAGUUUGGAAGACGGCGCCACGAUUUGUGACGACUCCUUCGAGGACCUAUGGAACGCGUUGAACAGCCGCACCGACGCCACUGACGUCGAUGAUGCCACUGACAGCAGAAGCAUCAGUUACCCGCCCAUGGUGUCCAGCACCAACGCCGAUCCCGCCACACCUACUACAAUCCAUGCUGGCAUGGAGAAAGCAACGUUUAUCCCGGAAGGAACCGGGAGGAAUGCCACUGCAACCGGAGGAAGGCAACAGCAAGAGCUGUGCGGUGUCUGUGGCAAUGUUUCGAGCAGAAGGGACGCCUUACAGGGGCACACAAAGGAACACACGGGUGACACAGCCCACUUUUGUAAAGCAUGUGAUCACUCAUCUGUGAAGGUGUCUAAGUCUCUAGAACACUACCACAACCGUAAUGACAAAAAACACAAAUGCAAAACCUGCGAUAAACUCUUCCGCCGGGCUGAUACUCUAGUUAAACAUUACCGCACGCACACAGACGAGAGACCCUACAAAUGCACAAUCUGUGAUAAAUCCUUCCGGCAGUCUAAUCAUCUAGAUAAACAUAAGCGCAUGCAUACAAACGAGAGACCCUACAAAUGCCAAAUAUGUAAUAAAUCGUUCCGGGAGUCUACUCAUCUAGAUAACCACAAGCGCACGCACACAGGUGAGAAACGCUACAUUUGCAAAACUUGCGAUAAAUCAUUCAAGCGGACGGAGAAUCUGCGUAAACAUCAGUGCACUCACGCAGAGUAGAAACGCCGCGUAUGCCUAAAAUGUGCUAAAUCAUUCAAAAACAAAUAUCAUCUCAAGAGACAUAUAGACUCGCAAUGUGGAAAGAGCGCUUCCGGUGGCGAAGUCUGUGAUCAAUCCUUUCAGAAAAAUUCAAAUCUCGGUCGCGACCAUCGAACAAAGCACGAGGAUAAAACACCGUAUGAGUGUAAGCAGUGCUGAUGUCGUUUUGCAGACAAAGAAACAAGCUAUGGGCAUGUGUGCCAGAAGGAAGGCAAGAUGUGAACGAUGCAGACUGGCUUUUCAAGAUUACGUGGCAG